UCUGCCCCGUAUGAUUCCCAAAUUCCAAUCAAGAGGAUGGGCAGUGGGAAGCGGGCACCACAUUCGCUGGUCCACGGCAGCCGCCGCCGCCGUCCGGCCAUCUAGCACAGCGUCCGCAGUCCGCCACCGAGCACCGCAUCCGCAGUCUGCACGUCGACACCAGCCGUUGGCGCCGCCGGGCACCGCAUCCGCAGUCUGCACGUCGACACCAGCCGCCGGCGCCGCUGGGCAUCGCAUCCGCAGUCUGCACGUCGACACCAGCCGCCGGCGCCGCUGGGCACCGCGUUCGCACAUGCACACUAGCCUCCGGCGCGCAUCGUUUUGGUCGACAGCGGAAGGCUCAUGCCAUGGACUUCAGGAGGAUGAAGAAAUGUUGUGUAAAGGCUGAAGAGUGAAGAUGUCCCUGCUUAUUAUUACAUGUUUUCAUUUAUGUCAGUAAUUUGAACUGAGUGGAGAUUGCGAUUAUGUUGUUUGUGAACUUGUUACCAAG